CAAAGUUAUCCGGAGGUAUUACAGAAGAGUCAAGCACCAGAAAUGAAAAGAAAAAAGGAUGCUGCAUUAAAAACCCUAGUAGUACGUUACCAAGAAAACUUUGGGAUCCCGAUAACAGCCAAGCAGUUGAUGAAGAAGGUAAACAACAUGAAAACGAGACUAAGGAAGAAAACUGACCUAAACAAGACUGGAAACGAGAAAAUUGAACUGAAUAAAUGGGAAAAAAUCUUAUUUGAUACACUGGAGGGGGGAAGUAAUCCCACAAUCGGAAAUAUUCCAGGAGCAAUACAAUGUGGGGUUUUGACACCACAAAACAAGCAGCAAGAAAAAACAAAACCAAGCAAACUAUCAAAGAGAGAGCUGUCAACUUGUGAUCUGACCAGCAGCUGGCAUGAGGACUCCGGGUACAGCAUCCAGAGCUUAUGCUCUAAUCUUGUUUUGGAGUAUAGAGAGGAACCACCAAAAAAAAAUCCAUUCAAAGACUGAAAAAUUUGAAACUUUAGAAACAAAAAACCUCUCAACUGCAGAACUGCAGAGACUUGUUCUGUUAGAACAGUUGAAUGCAGCAAGAGCACAAAAAGAGGCUGCUCUAGCCCAGAUUGAAUAUUUUAAAAAGCAAAAUGAAAUCAUUACUUUCAAUCUCGUAUAGCAAUUUUUUACUUUUUUCAAAUGUUAUAGGUUAUGUAUGUAUAAAUAAAUUUCUAUAAAAACGUUUGAUCAUAAUAUUUUUUUAAUAAUGGUAAAUAUCAUGUUUUCAUAUUUAAUUUCAUAAUUUGAUUUUAUAUUAAACUAGACAAGAAGAAACUUUUGAAUUAAAUUAUUUAA